AUGUAUGAUCCUGAUUGUGUUGCCACAUUUGAGGAAGUUCAUUUUGCUGAAGGACGUUUCCGAAAAGCCUACAAGGGUCAUUGGACUACUCCAGAAAAGAAUGGGCAAAAAUGCGUCAUAAAAAGAAUGAAAUCAGGCUGUGUUUGGGCAGCUAGUGGUUGGGACAGCACACUAAAGGUUUAUAACAGAGCUGGUAAGAUAGCAAAGCAAUUCAACCAAAGCCACUAUCCCAUCUGCUUUACCAGCAUCGGUAAGUAUGUGGUAGAGAAUUCAUAUCCAACAGAAUAUGUUGUUGCUGAAGAUUAUUUGGAAGGUGAAUUUAUUAAAUGGUGCAAUAACUAUGGCUAUAUAUCACCUAAAGCUAAAUCUGAGCACAUCACAAUGCCAGCAUUUGUUCACUGGAGUUGGCUGCAUACAAGAGGACAAGAAAUGGUGUGUGAUCUACAGGGAACUCGUGAUAGAAGUGGCUAUCAUUUGACUGAUCCAGUGAUCCUUUCGCUUGAUAAUACAUAUGGUGAGACAGACAUGGGAAUAGAGGGCAUGGCCAUGUUUUUCAUGAACCAUGAAUGCAAUGAUAUCUGUAAAGGAUGGAGGAGGCCUCGCUGGGAGUCUUUUAUAGGAAAGAUUCCAAGAGAAACAUUGGCAGCAUGUCAACUUAUGCAGAGCGAAGUCAAUAACGCCACAUCGUACAGGUUUGAGAUGAAAUUCCCUCCUGCCACUAAAGAUAUCGUUAAAAGAGUGUUCCUUCAAAUUGCUCAAGCUCAAUGA